GACCUCAUGGUUUUGCUUGUGCAGGGAACGAUUUGAAGAAAGUCUUGACUUCAACCGACGACGCCGUUCUUUUGGAAAUCAAGGUUGUGCUCAGAUAUUUUGGCCGGCCGAGUCUUCAAAAAUAGGGGAGGACGGCCCACGUUCUUCUCCGCUACGACCCGACUUAUAUGACCUUCUCGGCGGCAGAAAAUAUCCCAGUUCUGAAGGGUGAGGAGUUUCUUAUCGCCCUUAUCUUGACCGAUUUCAAAAAUUUGACGCAAGUCAGUUUCGAGGGGUCCGAUUCGGAACGACCAAAAGUAGCUGAGGUUGCCGAGUCUGAUCAGUCCGAAACUGAAGUCGACAAGGCUUUGAAGUUAGCCUUUGAGGAAGCCGGCCUCAACUCAGCCGACCCUCCGUCCACUUCGGGCGGAGAGGACCUUCCACUUGACGAUAUUUUUCACGGUCUAGAGGACCUUCCUGGUGCGUACCCCAAAGAUAUGGUUGGGUUAAGCCUCACACAACUUGCCAAGAAGGCGAACGCGAAAAUGAUGGCAGCACGGCGAAGGGUAGAGGCCAUUUGAGCUGGAGUGCCUCCUGCUACCGAAUCUCAGCCCCCUUUGCCUAUUAUUGAGGAGGGAACGGCAGAAAAAUGAAGUGCCGAGGCCAAGUUGGUUGUGCAGGCCGAUCAAGAGGCUGAACAAAGGGCAGAGAAGCGCCCUGCCAAGGUUUAGGCCGGCUCAGAAGAUAAUCGCACCGACAAACGACCUCGUUUAGAGGAAUCGGAUGUGAUCGUGCCUUUCGUAAUUCAACCGAAGAUAAAAAAACACGCCGAUCCCCUGUGAUGCUUCGUUAAUUAAAGAUCCAGCGGUCGCUCUCAGCAUGGCUACGUCCGUUUCACUGUCGGCUGACAAGGCAGCUUUCCGGGUGGAGCCGGAUCUGGUUGCAAUAGCAUUGGCUGCGCAGUCGGCACUUUUGACCGUCGAAAGGAUAGUAGAGAUGGGCCGUCGCCAUCACGACGCCAUCGAACAGCUCGACCGUCUUCAAACGGGAGUUGAGGGCCAAAGGAGCAGGGCCGAAUUCGAGGCUUUAAGGGCGAAGAUGGAAGGCGCAUGGGCCGAGGCCGAAAUGGAGAGGGCACGGAAUACGGAUGAACUGAGGUUAUCCACCGAGAAGAGGGCGGACGCGAGCAAAGAGGCGCUGAAAUUGGCCCAGGAGGCGGUCUCCAAGCUGGAGCCUGAGUUGGAGGAAGUAAAGAAGGCGAAGGAAGCAGCCGACUUAGAGACUUCUAAGGCAUUCGAGGCCGAGAAAAGUGCUGCCUUCGCCGAAUAUGUAGACGAAGUCCCCAAAUUUGAAAAUUGGGGAUUCAAACACGGCUGGCUCAAAGCUCUUGCUGCUGCUGAUGUGACAUUGGCUAUGCCAAUUCCAUACGAGCAAGUGGAUAUUGAGCUGCAAGAGUCUGACUCUGAGGAUUAAUUUGGGCCACACCUUUUUUGUUGUUUUAUUUUUUGAAUGUAUUUUUACAAUUUUUUGUUUGGUAAUGUUCAUGUGUAAAAUGGCUACAAUUUGUGCCCAAUUUCCUAAUGAAAAUUUCCUUUUUUGCCUUGCUCUUAUCUGUGCUGAAUUUUGUUAUUGAUGAAUGAUAUUGCUUUUGCGUGCAAAAUGGCUGCACUUUGUUUUUAAUACCAAGUAUUGAUUGGCAUUGGGUUUAAAUAUUUGGCCGAUCAUAUUAAUAAAUCUGCCCUUGCCCCAGCCAAUGCACGAGCUUUAUAAGCCGAAUAGAACUAGUUCGUGGAAUGACUGCGGCAUAGAUCGAUUGGUAUUGGGCUUAAAUACUUGGUCGAUCAGAUUAAUAAAUCUUCCCUUGCCCCAGUCAGUGCACGAGCUUCAUUAGCCGAAUAGGUCUAGUUCGUGGAAUGGCUGCGGCAUCCGUUGAUCGGCGUUUGGCUUAAAUAUUUGGCCGAUAAGAUUAGU